AUGCGCGAGGUCAAGCUGAAGCCAGACAGUGUCAGCUACAGUUCUGGGAUGAGCGCGUGCGAGAAGGGCCAGCAGUGGCAGCAGGCGCUAGCAAUGCUGAGCGAGAUGCGGUGGGUGAAGCUUGAGCCCAACGUCAUCAGCUACAGCGCUGGGAUCAGCGCUUGUGAGAAGAGCGGGCAGUGGCAGCAGGCUCUGGCAAUGCUCAGCGAGAUGUGUGAGGCGAAGUUGGAGCCUGACGUCACCAGCUACAGCGCCGGGAUCAGCGCGUGUGAGAAGGGUGAGCAGUGGUGGCACGCCUUGGCGAUUAUCAGAGAGAUGUGGGAAUUGAGAGUGCGUGCCGGCGUCACAAGCUACAAUGCUGGCAUCAGCGCUUGCGAGAAGGGCGAGCAGUGGCAACGGGCCCUAUCGCUGCUCCGCGAGAUGUCGGAGGCAAAACUGAAGCCUGACGUCAUCAGCUUCAGCGCUGGAAUGAGCGCCUGUGAGAAGGGCGAUCAGUGGCAGCUGGCCUUGUCGUUGCUGAGCGAGAUGUGGUCGGCGAGUGUUGAGCCCAACGUCAUCAGCUACAGCGCCAGCAUCAGCGCUUGCAAGACACGCGAUCAGUGGCAACGGGCCCUCUUGUUGUUGAGCGAGAUGUGUGAGGUGAAGUUAGUACCAAACGUCAUCUCUUUUCAGCUACAGCGCUGGGAUCACUGCGUGCGGAAAGGGCGACCAGUGGCAGCGGUCCCUGUGGUUGUUGAGCGAGAUGUGGGAGGUAACAUUGGAGCCCGACGUCAUCAGCUACAGCGCUGGGAUCACCGCGUGCGAUCAGAGCGGGCAGUGGCAACAGGCGCUGAGCAUGCUCACAACCAUGCGUUUGAGAAAAUUGCACGCCGGCGUCAUCCUCUACGGAAUCACAGCCAGCAUGUGCGAGCAAGUAGGGCAAUGGAGCCAAGUGCUGUCGUUGUUCACGGAGGUGCUUGA